GCUGAUGGAGAGCCAAAAAGUAACUGCUCUUCCCCAGUGUAUCCAGUACCCCAGCAGAGGGUCAACAGCUUUGGCCUCUUCCUUCCUAGGUGGCACUGGGGAAAGGGUAAACGCAGUAGGUCCAUGAGGUUUAAGUACAGUUUCCCUGGUUGUUUUUAGAGACCACACUUCAAGUUCUUCCUUGGUGGUUUAUCACAUUUAAACACGUUCCCCGGAGACAUUAACACACAUCCUGUGCUAAGUGCUUUGCUUAUCUGCUAUGCUUCAGCGUCAUUUGCAGAAGAAUUUGAUUUCAUUUGUUCCGCAAACCGCCAUGAUACCAUGUCCUGGUACACAGCUCGGUGGUGGUAUACAGCUUGACUGGACCAGGACGAACCAGCACAGGGGCCAUGGGAGACAGGAACUGAAGGGACAGGGCCCAGCAGUUACACCGUGGGCACCAUGUCGGAGCGCUUUGACUGCCACUACUGCCGCGACUCGCUGCAAGGCAAGAAGUACGUGCAGAAGGAGGGCCGCCACUGCUGCGUCAAGUGCUUCGAGAAGAUCUGCGCCAACACCUGCAUCGAGUGCAAGAAACCCAUUGGUGCCGACUCCAAGGAGCUGCAUUUCAAGAACCGUUACUGGCAUGACACCUGCUUCCGCUGCUUCAAGUGCUACACGUCCUUGGUCAAUGAGCCCUUCAUGCUAAGGGAGAACAACAAGGUCUGGUGUAGCAACUGCACUGCUACUGAGGAUGCACCCAGGUGUAAGGGCUGCUUCAAGCCUAUCAUCGCAGGAGACCAAAAUGUUGAAUACAAGAAGAUGGUCUGGCAUAAGGACUGCUUCACUUGCAGCCAGUGCAAGCAAGUGAUUGGAUCUGGGAGCUUCUUCCCCAAGGGUGAUGAAUUCUACUGUGUCUCCUGCCAUGAGCAUAAAUUUGCCAAGACCUGUGCUAAAUGCAAGAAUCCUAUCACUUCUGGAGGUCUCACUUACCAGGAACAGCCUUGGCAUUCAGAGUGUUUCAUUUGCUCCAACUGCAAGAAGCAACUGGGUGGGAAGCGCUUUACAGCUGUAGAGGAUCAGUUUUACUGUGUUGAGUGCUACAAGGAAUGUGUUGCCAAGAAGUGUGCUGGCUGCAAGAAUCCUAUUACAGCAGGAUUUGGAAGAGGAACCAGUGUGGUUAACUACGAAGAUGAAUCCUGGCAUGAUUACUGUUUCAAAUGCACCAAGUGUGCCCGUGGUCUGGCCAACAAGCGCUUUGUUUGCCAUAAUGGAAAAAUUUACUGUGCUGAGUGUCCCAAACGACUGUAAGGAACAGACAGCAACUGAUUUAAAAUGGAUUUUAAAGCCCCGCUUUUCAAAAUAGUCCUGGUAAAGGUGCAGGUUGUGCAUGUUAAGAAUUUUACCUUUUUUAAUUUUAGCAUAAACACACUAAAAUAGCUUGAAUAUACUGGGUUUGAGUUUUGAAGCUCCUGCAGCAAGAAAGCAUGUACUGUUGCAAAAAGCUAACCUUGCCUUCAAGUAACUAUUAGUUUAAGGGCUUGGAACGACAUUUAGAUUUUAGCAUUAGAAAAUCCAAAUACUACCAUAAUCUGUGUGUGGUUUAAACUAAAACAAAGCUAGUUUUAAACUUGUCUAGUAUAGGUUUAAGCUUGGUGCUUACACCAAGUGCUUUUGACUAGGCAUGCACCUCGGAAAGGGAGAGGCAAACACUGCACCCAGGAUUAGAGAGAUCCAUUAUUAUGCUUUUGCAAGUACAGGUACAUGACAUAUAUAUCACACCAUGAACAGCAGCUCAAUAAGUACCUUUGCUUAUUGUACCAUGCCAAAUUGCAACAAGUGUACGGAGUGGCUUUAUCUUACAUAUAACAACAUUUUGGCAGUACAAUUUAGCGUUAGUUAAGUUUCCAUAACCUUGUUUUGGUUUUGAUUUCUGCAUUGUUUGCCCCAAAGUUUUGCUCACCAGCUUUUUUUACAUCAUGUUUAAAUAAGGCUGUAUACAUCCAAUUAUUAAUCCACUAAUAAGCAAUUCUUUCAACUACUGCAAAAUGCACGUGCAUUUAAAGUGCCUUAAAAAUAGCUCAGACGACCACAGCUCUCCUAUCAUGUCAGUGUAUGUUUCAUGAUUUAAUAAAAACGAGACUAGUGCCUGCUUGGACUCCCA